AGCCCCGCCCACCCGUCGGGUUCACCCUGCUCUUCCCUGCCACGCAUGCGCGCGGAGCGGGAGGGACGAUUCACGCAUGCAAAAUGGCGGCCGCGAUGGAUGUGGACACCCCCAGCGGCACCAACAGCGGCGCCGGCAAGAAGCGCUUCGAAGUGAAGAAAUGGAAUGCAGUAGCUCUGUGGGCAUGGGACAUUGUGGUUGAUAACUGUGCCAUUUGCAGAAACCAUAUUAUGGAUCUAUGCAUAGAAUGUCAAGCAAACCAAGCAUCAGCUACCUCUGAAGAGUGCACAGUUGCAUGGGGCGUCUGCAAUCAUGCUUUCCACUUCCACUGCAUCUCCCGCUGGCUCAAAACUCGCCAAGUAUGUCCACUGGACAACAGGGAAUGGGAGUUCCAAAAGUAUGGACACUAGACAGAUGGAGACCACACUUCUUGUUAUGUCAGCAGCCUGUUUGUGCCACUGUGGUUUUGUUUUAACAACUUGAAAAAUCAGUAAUGUAUACGAGCCUUCUUUAAUCUUAACUUCUCCCUAUUGUGUACCAUUGAAUAAAACCUUGCUGUAGCUUC